AUGGCUCUGCGGACGCUGUCCGAGCGCCUCUUCUGCACCUUCCAGGCGUGCUCGAUCUGCGGCCUCCUCUUCGCGAGCAGCUACCAGCGCCACAACAAACCCGACGGCCAAAAGGUCAUCAAGUGCUUUCCACACUGCUGCCCGCAGCACACGACCCGGCGAUCGUGCGGCACGUCGCUCGUCGUGCAGGUGGGCGGCGAGUACAGCACCGAAGAAGCGGUGGCAUUUGAAGCCUUUGGACGCUUUGAGAGCUCGUCGACGACCGAGCUCGCGAUCGGGAGCCCGCUCGAGGUGGUCGACGGCGACCUCCGCCAACCCGGCAACAUGCGUGGCAUGUGGAUGCGGUGCCAUCGCGACGCUCACGCGCCCAUGCCGGCCACGUUUUUCGUCAAUCGCAGUGCGCUCGAGGACGAGUGGCAUUAUGGAUGGAAGGGCAGCGCGAGCAAGGUCGACCGCGCCGCAACGCACGUGCUCACGGUAUACAUCCGUCGCGCGACCGACAACGUUGUCGUGGGGCUCGCACGCAGCUCGCCGUUCACCAUCACGUCGGCGCGCCGCGCGGCCGAGAGCCGCACCACACGGCUCAAGGCCAUGGCGACCGAGACGGACGAGACAGUGCAACUGCUGCCGACGACCGGCGUCUCGGCGUUCGAGUUCCAGGGGUGUGACUGUCCCGGUGAUCUCUUUCGCACGGUGUACUCGCGUGGCAACAAGACCAACGGCCGCAAGGAGCUUCGAUGCUUUCCGCACUGCUGUGGUGGCCACGCGACGCAAUCCAUGUGCGGUGGACCGAUUCAUAUCCACGUGGCAUUUUUGAAUGCGGCACCCGUGCACCAGUACGCUGUGUACGCUCGGUUUGAAGAGCUGCCGAUGAAGGAGCUCGAAGUGGCGAUGGAGAUGCCACUCCGGUACCUCGAGGCCAACACGAUUCGACCUAAUGCGAUGCAGUCCGAGUGGUUUCUCGGGGUCCCCGCGGGCGCACCCCUGCCGUUUCCGUCGAGCGAGGUGUAUGUUCUCAACGCCAACAAACGAUCCAAGCACUUUUGGCCGUACAGCUGGAAGGGCAGUGCGAGCUUGACCAAGCGCGCGACGCGCCACGUGCUCCGCGUGUACCUCUUUCAGCUGCGCCACGCCGAGGCCCGCGACGGCGUCGACGUCCUCGCGCGCAUUGUAGGCACGCUCCAGUCGCCGGCGUUCCAAGUCGAGUCGCAACGCAGCUCGGCGCUCGAGCACCGGACCACCGUGCUGCUCAAGGUACCUCGGAAGCGCGUCCUCGAGAGCCCGCAAAGCAACACGCCCAACGUCGACGAUGAGAACGAAAUCGACGAGCUCGACACUGCCUAA